GUCGCGCAUUUAGCGUUGUUUUGAAGCCCUCUCUCCUUCGCUUUCAACCUCCGUUCGUCGUCUCGCUCGUUGUUACGCGAUCUCUAGAUUCGAUCUGCCACUGCAGCAGCGUCUAAGUCUGGAUCUAUGAAAAUUUAUCAUAUAGAUUCUGAUAUACUCGACGAUCUCGACCGUUAGAUUUCGUGACGUUUCUGCAUCUGUUUGGAUCGGCCUUCUCUGAUUUGAAGAAGGAUGGGUUUGUCUUUCGCCAAGUUGUUUAGCAGGCUUUUUGCCAAGAAGGAGAUGAGGAUUCUCAUGGUUGGUCUUGAUGCUGCUGGUAAGACCACCAUUUUGUACAAGCUCAAGCUCGGUGAGAUUGUCACCACCAUUCCCACUAUUGGGUUCAAUGUGGAAACUGUGGAGUACAAGAACAUCAGUUUCACAGUGUGGGAUGUCGGCGGUCAAGACAAGAUCCGUCCCUUGUGGAGGCACUACUUCCAGAACACUCAAGGUCUCAUCUUUGUGGUCGACAGCAAUGACAGAGACCGUGUUGUUGAGGCCAGAGAUGAACUGCACAGGAUGCUUAAUGAGGAUGAGCUGCGUGAUGCUGUUCUGCUCGUGUUUGCUAACAAACAGGAUCUUCCAAAUGCCAUGAACGCAGCUGAAAUCACUGAUAAGCUUGGUCUUCACUCUCUCCGUCAGCGUCACUGGUACAUCCAGAGCACAUGUGCCACUUCAGGCGAGGGGCUUUACGAAGGUCUUGACUGGUUGUCCAACAACAUUGCCGGCAAGGCGUAGAGGAAAGGUUCGUGGUUGAGUUGAUUUUGCUGAGCAAAUCUGGAUGCAGGGGCAAACAUUAUCUGAACUUUUUUCCUUUCCGGUUUUCUUAUUAUUCUGUGUUUUUUUUUGGGUAUGUGGAUUUGAUUUUGUGAUCGUUGUUCUUAUUUGUGUAAGGAGAGGUCUCUUGUACGUAGAACAUAGAAAUUACCUUUUACUAUAGCUUGUAAUACUGAAAGUUAUCUAGUGCUUUCGUUGUC